AUGUCACCGUCAUUAGUGUCUUUUCUUCUUUCUUUCUUUCUUUCUUUCUUUCAUACACAUUCUUUGAAUUUAGCCUUAUUCACUCUUAUCAAUAUUGUCCAUUUGUCUAUUUUCAUUUUUACAUCUGUCGUUAUCUAUCCAGUCUGUGAGGUUCUUUCUUUCUUUCUAUCCUUGUUUUUUCUUUUUUCUUUCUUUCUUUCUUUCUUUCUUUCUUUCUUUCUUUCUUUCUUUCUUUCUUUCUUUCUUUCUUUCUCUGCAAUUGUUUGGUUGUUUGUUUGUUUGUUUAUUUGUUUGUUUGUUUCUUUCUUUCUUUCUUUCUUUCUCUGCAGAUUCAGCUCUGACUCGGUCUAUAUAUAUAUAUUCAUUGCUUUAAUUUCUAUCUCUCUAUCUCUGUCUCUGUCUCUGUCUCUCUAUCUAUCUAUCUAUCUAUCUAUCUAUCUAUCUAUCUAUCUAUCUAUCUAUCAUGUCAGUUAG